AUUACACACUAUCCUUGCUCUGUGUUGAACAUGGCUACAAGCCCCUUUCGAUAUUUUAUUUCCCCUUUUCUGCUUUUGCUCUGUUUCGAAGCCUGUUUCAGGGUGGGUGACGCUAAAGUUGGGUGCAUAGAGAGGGAGAGACAGGCUCUCCUUCACUUCAAACAAGGUGUUCUCGAUGACUAUGGACUUCUUUCUUCAUGGGGGAAUGAGGAAGACAAAAGAGAUUGUUGCAAAUGGGCAGGAGUGGAGUGUAACAACCAGACGGGUCAUGUGAUCAUGCUUGAUCUUCAUGCCCAAUCUUUGGGAGGUAAGAUUGGUCCUUCAUUGGCAGAGUUGCAGCACUUGAAGCAUUUGAACCUCAGCUGGAAUGAUUUUCAAGGAAUUCUUCCCACUCAACUUGGAAAUCUUUCCAAUUUGCAAUCCCUUGAUCUCGGCAAUAAUUAUGGGGAUAUGACCUGUGAGAACCUUGACUGGCUUUCUCACCUUCCUUCGUUAACACACCUUGACUUGAGUUUUGUUAAUCUUAGUAAAGCAAUCCAUUGGCCACAAGCAAUUAAUAAAAUGCCUUCCCUAACUGAGUUAUACUUGAGGCGUACUCAGCUUCCUCCGAUUAUUCCAACAAUAUCCAUUUCCCAUAUUAAUUCUUCUACUUCUCUUGCUGUGCUUCACUUGUUCAACUUCAGUAGCAGCCUUGUUAAUCUUGAUCUCUCUUUGAACGAGCUACGUGGUUCAAUUCCGGAUGCUUUUGGAGACAUGACUACUCUGGCACACCUUGACCUUCAUUCUAAUCAUCUAAAUGGAUCAAUUCCGGAUGCUUUUGGAAACAUGACUACUCUGGCAUAUCUUGAUCUCUCUUCGAACGAGCUACGUGGUUCAAUUCCGGAUGCUUUUGGAAACAUGACUACUCUAGCAUAUCUUGAUCUCUCUUUGAACGAGCUACGUGGUUCAAUUCCGGAUGCUUUUGGAAACAUGACUACUCUGGCAUAUCUUGAUCUCUCUUGGAACGAGCUACGUGGUUCAAUUCCGGAUGCUUUUGGAAACAUGACUAGUCUGGCAUAUCUUGAUCUCUCUCGGAAUCAACUUGAAGGUAAAAUUCCAUUAGGCACUCAAUUACAAAGCUUUAAUGCCUCCACAUAUGCGGGAAAUCCUGGACUUUGUGGACCACCUCUUUUGAAAAGGUGUCUUGAAGAUGAACUUGGGGGAGUCUCCUUCACUAGUGGUCUUAGUAGUAAAAAAGAGGACAUUCAAGAUGAUGCAAAUAAUAUAUGGUUUUAUGGAAAUAUUGUUCUUGGAUUCAUCAUCGGAUUUUGGGGAGUUUGCGGCACUUUACUAUUCAAUAGUUCAUGGAGAUAUGCCUAUUUCCAGUUGUUGAGCAAGAUAAAGGAUUGGUUGUACGUGACAACAAUAGUAAAUAUGAAUAGAAUACGAAGGAGCCUACAAGGUUAAAUGGUAAGACUUCUCAAAUUCUCUUUUUAGUUUUUCGAGUAAAAUGUGUUAACUUCUAUUUAUUAUCCAACAAUUAAGAAUAAAAAGUACACUUUAUGCUACUACUCAAAUCCCUAUUCUAUUAUUUGAUUAACCUUCCACAAUAUAUUGAUGAAAGCUUAGAUUUUGCAAAUAGAAGCAUCGAUAAAAUAAGCUAGUCUAGAAGAUUUUAAUAUACUUUUUUGUAAUAGUUGUGCAUAUU